CCAGAGGACGGGCGUUAGGAUUGGUCACAGGUGAGCCCUCCCUCAGCUAACAGGACGACAGGGUGAUGAGCUGUGAUGGCUCAUACCCGCCUGCAGGGGGCGCUGUUCUCGAGAGAGCAGUAGGUGAGCAGGGGCUGCAGCAGGGUGUCCAGUGCCCGGGGGUUUCCCGCACACCCACGCCCACGUCUGACGGUCCCCAGCGCCCCGCCGCAGUGGAAUAUGUAACCCAGUAACGGGCUUCGGUUUUAUUUUGGGAGCAGCACCGACGUCGGUCCCCUUCCAUUCGCAGAAGAGGCUGCGGCUGGGCUCAGGAUGAACGUUCCUGUCUGACCACCCAGCCAGGGAGUUACAGGCAGCAGUCACUGGCCCCCAAAAAACCAGCGCUUGCACAGGCUGCUGUGUCUGAAGAAAGCUUACCAUCUCUGCACAGUAAUUACCACUUCCUGGACGCCGAAAUGCUGAUGGCUCUGAGCGCUGCGCCCCAGUCCGGCCUGCUCGACGCCCAGUUCCCCCCGGCCCUGCUGCCCAAGCCGGGCAAAGACAACGCUCGCCUCCAGAAGCUUCUCAAGAAGAGCGCCAAGAAGAGGCCCGCGGCCCCCACCCCGCAGCCCGCCCCCCCGUACCGCUCCACCCUGUCCCCCGUGAACGAGGCCAGCCCCGACCAGGAGCACAGCGACGUCUCCACCCCGCCAAAGACGCCGGACUCCCCGGCCCACAGCAGCACCCAGUACACCAGAUUCACCGUGAAGUCCUUCUACCAGCACACGCCGUCCCCUUACCCCCACCUGCGCGGCGUGGCCCAGGGCAAGAGCGCACAGUUUCCCCCGCAGCCUAACGCUGCUCCCCCACCAGGCUUUCAGCAGCAGAAGGGUACGUUCUACACGCCUACACCUCCACCACCACCACCACCACCACCACCGGCAUUUGAGGCUCCAACCUCUACUCCAGCACCAGCUCCAACGUCUCAACCAAUCACAACUCCCGGCCCAACUGCAGCUCCAGCAUCUCAACCAAUCACACCGCCUGGCCCAACUGCAGCUCCAGCAUGUCAACCAAUCAGACCUCCCGGCCCAACUGUAGCUCCAGCAUCUCAACCAAUCACACCUCCCGGCCCAACUGUAGCUCCAGCAUCUCAACCAAUCACACCUUCCGGCUCAACUCUAGCUCCAGCAUCUCACCCAAUCACACCUCCCGGCCCAACUGUAGCUCCAGCAUUUCAACCAAUCAUUUCUAAUGGUUUACCUGCUACUGCAGUAUCUCAGCCAAUCACACCUCCAGGCCAAAGUGUUGCCCCUGUUAAAGUUCAAGUUCACACUCAAGCUUUUGUGCCACCCUUGGGCCCAGUUGUGAACACAAACCCUCCUGUCCCCACCCAGGAAGGGGUAACCAGCCUUCUCAAUGGUGCACCUCAAACCACUGCAUCGGCAGUAAAUGGGGUCCAAGUGUCCCUGUCUACUGGACUCCAGGCCCGGACUGUAUCUGAACAUCCUGGCCCUCUGCUGAUUAACAUCCAAACCCUCAAACCCAAGAAACCCAAGUUUGAGGUUCCCCAAAUAAAGAUAUACACAUCUAAGGCAAUGUUUUAUGAGGCAUCGAAGACGCCACCAGACACUUCAGGAAUGAAAACCCCUGAUUAUGGAAUAGUGGACGGAAGACCUGAGAGUAAAACGCCAACAUACGACGGUUUGGUGGCGAAAACCCAGUCAGGGAGAUCAAAGACACCCUCCUACCAGCCUCCUGCUCCAAAAUCACCCAUUUUUGACAUAUCAAGACCCAAACCGCAGUUAUUCUCACCGUCUCCCAUCGUGAACUCGCCCCAGGUCAGCGGUGUCCCCACUGCCUACACUGACACUAUGAAGCACAUGGCAGUCUCUGCUGCUGUUUCCCUGGUAACCAAAGAGCCUCCAUCUGAUGCUGGCAGCCUAAAGCCCGCCCCUCGUGAACACUCUACAGUCCCAGCGAUGAACGAUCUUGGAACCAAAAAACCGAACGAUUUUUCGCCACCAGUUUCUACUUUGCUGAAUGGCAUAAUGGUUGAAAAGAUGUGUAAUGAUGUGUCAACAACGGUCACUCACGCACGCACAGACCAGAUGCCCAGGCCUCCUGUAAGCGAUGGACCUUAUGAUCUGGUUGAAGCGGCAACUGCUCCAGUCGGAUAUCAAACACCCAAGACAUCAACAUACAAGGCCCCCAAUCCAACAGCACCUGUAUUUGGGCAUCAAAAGGCAAGGACUGUGACUGGUGCACCACCUACACUCACCCCUUUUGGGCAGCAGAAACCCAGGACACCUUCAUCCGAGGCUCAAAGGUCGAAACCAAAAUCAACAUAUUAUGGAUUGACUCCGGCUGAAUAUGUUGCCUACGGUGGAAUAAGAAGCAAUUCGCCCGCUUAUAGCACUUCUGCACCCAAGACACUGCCACAUGAUGUGCCUGAAGCACCAGAGGUGAUAGGAGCCAGUACCCCUCUUUUAUCUGAAGCCCCAGCACCUGAAACACCCUCAAAACAACCAGAGAGACCUACCGCUGCUCCCAUUCAGGUGUCAAAAUCUAUUACUUCCACCAAUCUGCACACUGUACUUCAGACCCCUGUUGUUUCAACAGGUUCUACUGAUGUUCCAGGUCCAAAAGUACAGGAUAAUGAGCCUGGACCGACAAUUGAGUCCACAGUACCCAAAACAGAGACAAAAGAGUCUCCGAAACCGGCUUUGGAUGUACAGUCCGCUAACAUGCUAACAUCUUUACUCGGGGCAUUCAGGGGAAGACCUUCCACACAGACGCAGAGAGGAAAGGAAACACCGACAUCGUCAUCUUCUGGGGCCAAGACUCCUGUGGAGGAUUUAAGCGCCAGUAAAAUUCCAGCAAAUCAAAGGCAGACCGAGCCAAGUGCUCCGAGCCAAACCGCGCGGGAAACGCCCAAACCCACGGCUCCCCCCGCACGUGAAGUUUCACCGCCCGUGACCCCUCAGGCGGCCUCCGCUACCGCUAACUUUCCAACCGCGGUGAGUGCAUCACAGCCGCCGGCUCAGCUGACAACCAGUCAGAAAGCAGAUGGCAAGCCCCCAAAGACUGGCACGGCGGGGGCGGCGGGAAAGGCCGCUCAGGAGAAGAUUCCCGCAGAGGCCGGAGCCUCUACUUCGGGAAAAAAGAAGAACGAAGGGGAGAAGGCACUGGUUAAAGCGGCACCCCAGUCGAAGAUGCUCCAAAUGGCGAAGGGCCUGAAGUCGAAAAUCAGCGGCUGGGCGAGGCUGAAGAAGCACAUGGUGGUGGAGCCGGAGGAGCCGACGUUCCCGGAGCCGGAGAGCGAGUCGAAGAAAGAGGGCGGGGGCGGCGAGGCCCCCGAGGCGGGGAACGCCGGCGAGCGGUCAUCAUCGGGCGGGGAUCGGGACACGCCCAAGAACCCCCCGAGAGCGAUGAAGAUGUGGGACGCCGUCCUCUUCCAGAUGUUCGCCACCAAGGAGAACAUAAUGCAGCAGAUCAACGCCGGCAAGAGCGCCUCGGAGAGGAAGGAGCUGGCCGAGCAGCCGCCGAAGGAGCUCCCGUCGUUCGUCCACCGGCUGCCCGUCCUCCUGUACAGCCCGCGGUUCGACGCCCGGAAGCUGAAGGAGGCCGCCUCCGGGCCCCUCACCAAGAUCGCCGCGGUGUUCGAGAGGGGCCUGCUGAGCCGCAAGCAGCCGGACGAGGAGCCGAAAGACUUCAACCGAACCGCCAGAGGGUUCAACACUUCCAAAACCGCCUGAUCUGGAAGCUGGAGAAAGGGUGCUCUUUUAUGAGGGAAAUUGACUUCACACUUACACAAGGGGGGGGGGGGGGGUGUCAAUCUCUGACAUAAAAGAAUAUGUAAAAAAAUGAUCUAUGAUGCCCUUUAAGCCUGCUACACACGAAGCUGAUUUAGUCCAUCGCACCAGCAGAAAUAGGAUGGUUAAAUGUAGACACUGAUACGCUACGACUAACUGGUGUCACCAUGUCCGCCAUCACGCUCAUAGUGAGGACACAAUUUCAUGAUUUCACGAUUUCAUGCUUGCCGGAUUAGGUCAGAAUAAGUAAACUCUUUGCAUUCCAUGCUUUACAGUACAGCAAAAGAUUAUGUUGAUUAUAAUUUUUUUGAAAAUUUGCCCUCAAAUUACACUAUAUAUAUAUAUAUCUUUAUCUUUUGGUAGAAAAAACCCCCAGAACAAUGGAUACUGUUGCUAAGGCUGUAAUGAUAUGAAAUGAUAAUAACCACAAGUGUAAGUAAGUAUCAAUACAUACAUCCCUUAAAAAAGACAGCAGUCAUGUUAAAAUAUUUUUUUGUAUAAAUACAGUAAGAGAUUCAGUAAAGCAGAAUGUUAAGGGUUUUUAAGGAAUGGUUAAUAUCAGAGCAAAAUUUCAAACCUAAGAAUUUAGCAUUUAGUCGUUCAGGCAAGAGUAUUUUUAUUUUAUCGCCCACCGAUCUUAAUAAACCAACAAUUUAAGCUUCAGCACUGAAGCGGGCAUUUGAAUCCGAGAUGGAGAGUCCAUUUUGGGCCAAAGUACUGAAGGGCUGGCUAUGAUGUUUACCAAGUCAUUAUCAUGUGACCCUAGUCUGGAACCAAUCAUGUCUUUUCCCCUAAGCUUUAACUCACUUAAAAUGAAAAUGCAGAUUGAAAUCAGCAUUAACUUGCCAAACUGUGUCUGUUGAGAGAGAAAAAAAAAAAACUUAACACUCCUACUUAAUUCAAAAGACAAAAUUAAGGAUGAAUUGGAAACGAGCAGAUUCGACCACUUCAACAACCCAUCACAAAGUGGCCUGAUGACUUAGUGUUUGAGAUCUCACUGUAUGUGGGUGUAACAUAUGGGAAAAUUCACCCAAAGGUGGGAGAGAAGAAAUUAGUGAUUUCCUGCUUUGGCCACAACACCCGGGAAUGAUCUUUCCAGAUUAACCCCAUUAUUUGUUGGAAGCCAAAGCCUGGAAGACUGCCUUUUGGUUAAAGCAGGAAAUUCUCAGAUUAAUUCACCACAUCAGAUAAUUAGGGGUGUGGCUAAGUAUUACACAAACCAGGUUUGCAACAUUUAGAUUUAGCACUAAGAUUUAGAAAAGGCCCAGUAAUUAGCUUUCAUGCUUAUUAAUUUGCCGUUAGUGUAGUUGUAUAACUUCACAGUACACUAUAAUAUAGCAAUAGACCAGGGUUUUUUCCUGCAUAGAGAAAUCUUUGGCGCGCACCAAACCCUGUUCAUGCCAGGAAAAACCCUACAAUAGACUCAUUAAAAGUAAUUAAUUCAUAAUAAAAAAGCCAUAAGUAAAACUAAGCAAAUAAAAACAAUCCUGAACAAUAAUUACGUUUUCAGUAAAUUACCUGAAAAGUACGAUUUGGUUGGGAAAAAAAGACAUUUGAAUAGAAGGUAAAUAGUUAUAGUUUGAGUAAAUACAUGUCUUGUAGCAGUGUCUAUCUAAUAUAAUGUAAUGCAGAACAUUUUAUUAUUUAGAUAUUUUAUAUCUUUAUUGUAUAGAUUUUAUAGCAUUUAGGUGUGUUACGGCACACAUGGCAUGUUACCCAUAAUUUGUGGUAUCAUAACUUUAGCCAUGAAUGUAGAAAUAAUGGAAAUGUAGCAAAAAUGUUUUAUUUUCAUAUUUUCUUAUGCAGUGUAUGUUUUGUAAUGCCUAUUUAUGUCUCUGUCAAAGCAUUUGUGUUCAGUCUUUCCGCAUGUUUACAGGUCAAUUCAUUAUCAACAACCCACAAAGCUAAGACAUCUUCUUGAUACUUUUGGUAAAGUAAGAAAUGGGUAUGUAAAAUUCUGCAAGCAUUCAUUAAUACCCUCGGAUAGUCUGGUAGAGCUUUUAAUCAUUUUGAACACAAGAAUAUUAAAAACAAUU